AUGUCUGACCCCAAGGAAUACACUAUCGGAUGGAUCUGUGCCAUUAGUACGGAAUUUACUGCGGCACAAAACUUUCUUGAUGUAAAGCACCAAGUACCAGAAGAUUUAGCUCCAGCUGACAAUAACGCCUAUGCUGUAGGCCUUAUUGGAAAGCACAAAGUCGUCAUUGCAGUCUUACCCGAUGGGGAGUACGGUCUAUCUUCUGCAACAGGUGUAGCAAAAGACAUGUUGCAUAGCUUUCCAAACAUCAAGGUCGGUCUGAUGGUCGGCAUCGGUGGCGGUGCACCGAGUGCAAAACGUGAUAUUCGCCUGGGGGAUGUGGUGGUUAGUGCUUCCCGCGAUGGAAAGGGAGGCGUUUUCCAGUAUGACUUUGGCAAAACCAUCCAAAAUCAAAGUUUCCAAUCGACAGGAGUUCUCAACCAGUCACCGGUAUCUUUAAGGACAGCCCUCAACGUAUUGCAAAGUGACUACGAGAGCGACGGGCAUCAGAUUCAAGAAUCUAUUGACAGUAUCUUGGAGAAGAAGCCGAGACUACGAAAAAAAUACCAGCACCCGGACCGGAACAGUGACAGGUUAUAUCGGAGCGAAUUUGUCCACCCUGAGAACAAUGAUGGCAGCUGUCUGGUGGUAUGUGGAGAUGAGCUAUCUCGCCUACUAAGACGGGAAGAACGAUCAGACGAUGUGGAUGAUCCAACGAUUCACUAUGGGCUUAUUGCUUCCUCAAACCAGCUCAUGAAGGAUGCCUGUAUUCGGGAUAGACUUGCUGCAGAAAGAAAUGUCCUUUGCUUCGAGAUGGAAGCCGCGGGGCUCAUGAACCAUUUUCCGUGUAUUGUGAUUCGUGGAAUAUGCGACUACUCAGACUCACAUAAGAACAAGGAGUGGCAAGGGUAUGCAGCAAUGGUGGCCGCAGCCUACGCAAAAGACCUACUCCUUAGGGUCCACCCAAACAGAAUUGAGGCUGAGAAGAGAAUUGGUGAUGCUCUGUCUAUUGCACAGAAGCAGCUUGCGCUACAAGAGGAUAUUUUUAAGCAUACGCUUUCAGAAAAGGAAAAAGAAUGUCUUCAAUUGUUUCGCCAUCCCACAAAUACCGAAGGUACGGGAUACGAAUGGUAUAAGGACCGAGUGGAAACUCGAGUUGAGGGUACUUGCGAGUGGUUUCUUAACCAUGACCAUUUCCAGAAAUGGCUGAACGAAGAUUCAGGACCAUUGCUGGUCUCCGCAGAUCCCGGCUGUGGAAAAUCUGUCUUGGCAAAAUACCUUGUUGAUGAUAUACUGACGAAAUCGUCAUCAAUCAUCUGCUACUUCUUUUUUAAGGAUCAAGAUCAGAAUACAGUUAGCCAAGCAAUUUGCGCUAUUCUCCACCAGCUAUUCUCGAAUAACCCAUCUCUUAUCAAGCAUGCCAUAGAGGAAUUCCAGAAAAACGGGCAGACUCUGGUCAAACUGAUAGGAUCUCUUUGGAGUAUCUUUGAAAAGGCCACAAAAGAUCCUCAGGCUACACCUGUGAUCGUUGUUCUAGAUGCUCUAGACGAAUGCGCUGAAUCAGAAUUCAGGGACCUUAUGCUGAACAUCAAGCGUCAAGUUCAUGGGGCCCAGUCGGAUAACCGGAAACUGAAGUUCCUUCUCACAAGCCGCCCGUAUGAUCGCAUAACUGACAAGUUCAGAGAUCUUCGGGAUGAUUUCCCAUUUAUCCAUAUUCCAGGAGAGGAAGAGUCAGAAACUAUCAGUAAAGAAAUUGGCCAUGUCAUCCAAUCCCGAGUGAGUCAGCUAUCAAAUGAGAAGGGCCUCUCAAGUGAUGUUCAAGCUUACUUAGCUCUUAAGUUAAGUGAAGUUGUUCAUCGAACAUACCUUUGGAUAUACCUUCUGUUUGAAGACCUCCAGAGAAGGAAUUUCGUAAAGACAAUUAAAGGAAUCAAUCGCAUGUUCGCAAGUCUGCCGAAAAACGUCUAUGAUGCAUAUGAGCGAAUCCUCGAUAGAUCGGAAGACCAACUCUUGGCUCGCCAAGCCUUAAGCAUUAUACUUGUAGCGAAGCGCCCAAUGACUAUUUCUGAAAUGAAUGUUGCAUUGGCUAUUGAUGAUGAAACAAAGUCUUUCGAUGAUCUCGAUUUAGAGAAAGAAGUAGACUUUAUAUCACGCCUAAGAACAUCAUGUGGGCUAUUUGUUUCGGUUUAUCAUGAUAGGAUUUAUUUACUCCAUCAAAGUGCUCGGGAGUUUUUGGCUGCAGAUAUGCUAUUACCUGUGAUGAACCAUUCAUGUCCAUUGUGGCAGCAUUCUUUUGCUAGCAAAGACUCACAUCGAAUCCUGGCAAAAAUUUGUGUGGCUUACCUCGAUCUGCUCAACAAUGAAAAAGUUUCCACGGAAAUAGUGGGAGAAGAUGUUUUCCAAAAGCAAAUGCAUCCUUUUCUCGAAUACUCUGCACUGGAAUGGGGCAAUCAUUACCGCGAAGCUUGCAUUGCUACUGAUAGAAAUAUCACGUCUGCCACAAUACGCAUAAGUUCCCCGGACUCAAGAGCUUGGUCAGCCUGGUUUAAAUUGUUUUGGGAGUCAGAAGAGAGAAUACCAUCAGACAGAAUCACCGGUAUCAUGAUAUGCUCGUAUAUGGGGCUUGGAAACAUUGUCAAGCUGCUUCUUGAGAAGGGUGCGGAUCUUGAGACAAAGGAUACAGAUGGCUGGACACCACUAUCGCAGGCUUCUAGGAAUGGCCAUGAGACUGUUGUCAAGCUGCUUCUUGAGAAGGGUGCGGAUCUUGAGACAAAGGAUACAUAUGGCUGGACACCACUAUCGCAGGCUUCUGAAAAUGGCCAUGAGACUGUUGUCAAGCUGCUUCUUGAGAAGGGUGCGGAUCUUGAGACAAAGGAUACAGAAUAUGGCUGGACACCACUAUCGCAGGCUUCUAGGAAUGGCCAUGAGACUGUUGUCAAGCUGCUUCUUGAGAAGAAUGCGGAUCUUGAGACAAAGGAUACAGAAUAUGGCCAGACACCACUAUCGUGGGCUUCGGUAAGUGGCCAUGAGACUGUUGUCAAGCUGCUUCUUGAGAAGGGUGCGGAUCUUGAGACAAAGGAUACAGAAUAUGGCCAGACACCACUAUCGCAGGCUUCUAGGAAUGGCCAUGAGACUGUUGUCAAGCUGCUUCUUGAGAAGAAUGCGGAUCUUGAGACAAAGGAUAAAUAUGGCCAGACACCACUAUCGUGGGCUUCGGAAAGUGGCCAUGAGACUGUUGUCAAGCUGCUUCUUGAGAAGGGUGCGGAUCUUGAGACAAAGGAUACAGAAUAUGGCCAGACACCACUAUCGCAGGCUUCUAGGACUGGCCAUGAGACUGUUGUCAAGCUGCUUCUUGAGAAGAAUGCGGAUCUUGAGACAAAGGAUAAAUAUGGCCAGACACCACUAUCGUGGGCUUCGGAAAGUGGCCAUGAGACUGUUGUCAAGCUGCUUCUUGAGAAGGGUGCGGAUCUUGAGACAAAGGAUACAUAUGGCUGGACACCACUAUCGCAGGCUUCGGAAAGUGGCCAUGAGACUGUUGUCAAGCUGCUUCUUGAGAAGGGUGCGGAUCUUGAGACAAAGGAUAAAUAUGGCUGGACACCACUAUCGCGGGCUUCUGAACAUGGCCAUGAGACUGUUGUCAAGCUGCUUCUUGAGAAGGGUGCGGAUCUUGAGACAAAGGAUACAUAUGGCUGGACACCACUAUCGCGGGCAUCUGGGAAUGGGCAUGAGACUGUUGUCAAGCUGCUUCUUGAGAAGGGUGCGGAUCUUGAGACAAAGGAUACAGAAUAUGGCCAGACACCACUAUCGCGGGCUUCUGAAAAUGGGCAUGAGACUGUUGUUAAGCUGCUUCUUGAGAAGGGUGCGGAUCUUGAGACAAAGGAUACAUAUGGCUGGACACCACUAUCGCGGGCUUCUAGGAAUGGGCAUGAGACUGUUGUCAAGCUGCUUCUUGAGAAGGGUGCGGAUCUUGAGACAAAGGAUACAUAUAGUCGGACACCACUAUCGUGGGCUUCUAGGAAUGGCCAUGAGACUGUUGUCAAGCUGCUUCUUGAGAAGGGUGCGGAUCUUGAGACAAAGGAUACAGAUGGCUGGACACCACUAUCGCAGGCUUCUAGGAAUGGCCAUGAGACUGUUGUCAAGCUGCUUCUUGAGAAGGGUGCGGAUCUUGAGACAAAGGAUACAUAUGGCUGGACACCACUAUCGCAGGCUUCUGAAAAUGGCCAUGAGACUGUUGUCAAGCUGCUUCUUGAGAAGGGUGCGGAUCUUGAGACAAAGGAUACAGAAUAUGGCCAGACACCACUAUCGCAGGCUUCUAGGAAUGGCCAUGAGACUGUUGUCAAGCUGCUUCUUGAGAAGAAUGCGGAUCUUGAGACAAAGGAUACAAAAUAUGGCCAGACACCACUAUCGUGGGCUUCUAGGAAUGGCCAUGAGACUGUUGUCAAGCUGCUUCUUGAGAAGGGUGCGGAUCUUGAGACAAAGGAUAAAUAUGGCUGGACACCACUAUCGCGGGCUUCUGAACAUGGCCAUGAGACUGUUGUCAAGCUGCUUCUUGAGAAGGGUGCGGAUCUUGAGACAAAGGAUACAUAUGGCUGGACACCACUAUCGCGGGCAUCUGGGAAUGGGCAUGAGACUGUUGUCAAGCUGCUUCUUGAGAAGGGUGCGGAUCUUGAGACAAAGGAUACAGAAUAUGGCCAGACACCACUAUCGCGGGCUUCUGAAAAUGGGCAUGAGACUGUUGUUAAGCUGCUUCUUGAGAAGGGUGCGGAUCUUGAGACAAAGGAUACAUAUGGCUGGACACCACUAUCGCGGGCUUCUAGGAAUGGGCAUGAGACUGUUGUCAAGCUGCUUCUUGAGAAGGGUGCGGAUCUUGAGACAAAGGAUACAUAUAGUCGGACACCACUAUCGUGGGCUUCUGAAAAUGGCCAUGAGACUGUUGUCAAGCUGCUUCUUGAGAAGGGUGCGGAUCUUGAGACAAAGGAUACAGAAUAUGGCCAGACACCACUAUCGUGGGCUUCGGAAAAUGGCCAUGAGACUGUUGUCAAGCUGCUUCUUGAGAAGGGUGCGGAUCUUGAGACAAAGUAUACAGAAUAUGGCCAGACACCACUAUCGUGGGCUUCGGAAAAUGGCCAUGAGACUGUUGUCAAGCUGCUUCUUGAGAAGGGUGCGGAUCUUGAGACAAAGGAUACAAAAUAUGGCCAGACACCACUAUCGUGGGCUUCGGAAAGUGGCCAUGAGACUGUUGUCAAGCUGCUUCUUGAGAAGGGUGCGAAUCUUGAGACAAAGGAUACAGAAUAUGGCUGGACACCACUAUCGCAGGCUUCUAGGAAUGGCCAUGAGACUGUUGUCAAGCUGCUUCUUGAGAAGGGUGCGGAUCUUGAGACAAAGGAUAAAUAUGGCUGGACACCACUAUCGCGGGCUUCUGAACAUGGCCAUGAGACUGUUGUCAAGCUGCUUCUUGAGAAGGGUGCGGAUCUUGAGACAAAGGAUACAGAAUAUGGCUGGACACCACUAUCGCAGGCUUCUAGGAAUGGCCAUGAGACUGUUGUCAAGCUGCUUCUUGAGAAGGGUGCGGACUUUGAGACAAAGUAUAUAUGGCUAGAUACCACUAUUCUAGGCUUCUAG